AUGCGACUUGCAGCAGACGAGCAGCAUCUGAUAACAUGCUCGUUAGAUGGUGGCGUGCUCGUGUGGCGGGUCGAUGGGGACGGGGUCGCUGGAGGGAUGGCCAGGGGCGUCAAAAAAGACGUAGCAUACUCAGAAGAGGUGCUCGUUGACAGGAUGGACUACGAAGAACUGAAUUCCUCUCUAGAAGACCUGAGAAAAAGAUUAUUAGACUUGAAAGCAGGGAAUGACUAUCAGCUGCGAAUGUUGGAAGCUGGAAACCAAGAGAAGAUCAACGACCUUACUGAGAAGUACCUCCAGGAAAUGAAUAAUCUGAAGAACAAAAUUCAAAAUCAGAAACAGGAAAGAGAGAAAUUUGAGAAAAGAAUAAAGGAUGAACUGAAAGAACUGAUCGAUCGACACGAGGAAGAGACGAGGGACAUGGAGCAGCGCAACAACCAGAAACUGAUGACGGAGUACGAGAAGUACCAGGAGCUACAGAACAAGAGCCAGCGAAUGCAAGAGGAGUACGAGCGUAAAAUAUUCAGCAUCGAAAAAGACCGCGAAAAACGUCUGCACGAACUGACCGAGUACCACGAAGAGAAAUUAAAAAAUAUGGCGAUCGAGAUUGAAAAGUUGGAGAGAAAGUGUGAGAUGUUGAUAAGAGAGCGGGAGGAGAUGGUGACGCAAAUUGAAGAGGAUGCUGAUAGAGAGAUUGUGGCCGUGAAGACGAAACUUCAGUCGAAUGUCAAAGAAAAAGUUGCUGCUGUCGAUAAAAUGAAAGGUUGUCAGGUCAGUGUGAUGACGAAGAAGUUUCUGAGCAUGCAGAAGGAGAUGGAUGCCAACAAGGAACUCAUUGAUAAAGGAAAAUCAGAGAUUUCAAACUUGAAUGGUACGAUAACGAACCUGGAAAAAACAAUCACUGGUUUAAAACGGGAGAUCCAGGAAAGAGAUGACGCUAUCCUCGAUAAGGUGGCCAUCUCAAUGAUUAUGCCCACAACUAAAUUUGCAUAUUUGUUAACAUGUCUGUACAUUUUUUUCAAACUUCUUAAAUACAUCCAACUGAAUGAGAAAAGAAUUUACGAAUUGAAAAAGUUGAACGAGGAGGCGGAGAAGUUUAAAUUCGUCCUCGACUAUCGCAUACACGAACUCAAAAACCAAGUUCAACCGAAGGAUGACGAGAUCGAAACCAAAAAGGACAUCAUGAACAAUGUUGGUGAUGAUGAUGAAGGCGAUGAUGAUUUUGAUGUUAAGAGGUGUCCUGGGGCACUUAAUGAUGACAUGGAGCUGGAGCUGGGCAGGUACCAAAAAGUAACCACACAGUUGGAAACCAACUUGGAUAAUGCCAAACAGAGGCUCUCUGCUGCCGAAAAGGAACUGCAGAAAGAAAGACAGAAGGUUCACGCUGUUGAGAUGAAAGUUCAGUCAUUCAAGACGGAUCUGCACAACUGUGUGGGCUACAUACAAGACUACAAGUUACUCAAAAGUACAAUCAGAGCCAUGUACUUGAAACAUGUGCAAGACGAUAUGCGAGAUUACGUAAGUGAAGAUGCCGAUAAGAAGAAUGACUUCGCCCGUCAGAGAGAUCACCUAGAAAAGACCAUGGUAUCUCUCGUUAAGAAGCAUCAGAGGGAAUCUAACGUUCAAAAAACUGAUAACUUACGAAUUAUGCAGGACAACAUCAAUCUAAUCAAAGAAGUGAACGAACUACGAAGGGAACUGCAGAUAUCAAACGUGAAAAUUCACGAUUUGGAAGUAGCCGCCAAGAUAAGAUUGCGCAAAAACGCGAACGCAUCUCUGACAGCUGCCACUGCAAGCAAUGAUAUCUACAAAAUUGGAACUUCUGCUGAUGAAUACAAAAAUGCAGACGAGGCAACAUUGAGGAUGGAAAUGAUGGAGAAGAACAAGUUGCUGGAGUUGCAGCAGGAAGAAAUGAAGAAGCUGAGGAAUAUUCUUCAACAAAUUGAACUCGGCCACAAUAGCAGACCAUCAUCUGGUCAGAAAUUAUCACCCAUCAACGGUGAUAAAAAUUAA